UUUGGGGUUUCCCACGGCUGGAUCCUGCUGCUGGCCCUGCUGGCCAUCCCUGUCUGCGCCCUCAGGGGCAGGGAUGUGGAGAACAUGAAGAUUAUUCGGGGUCUGAUGCAGCACGUGAAGCGGCUGUACGGGAUCCGCAUGGUGGUUCGGGGCACGCAGCACUUCCCUCCCCGGCAGCCCUACGUGGUGGUGAGCAACCACCAGAGCUCCCUGGACCUGCUGGGGAUGAUGGAGGUGCUCCCUGACCGCUGUGUCCCCAUUGCCAAGCGGGAGCUGCUCUACAUGGGCGCCGUGGGGGUCGUGUGCUGGCUGGGGGGAAUCAUCUUCAUCGACCGCAAGCGCACGCACGACGCCAUCAGCGUCAUGGCCGAGGCUGCGCACACCAUGCUGAGCCAGGAUGUCCGUGUGUGGGUCUUUCCCGAGGGCACCCGUAACCACAGCGGCUCCAUGCUGCCCUUCAAGCGCGGCGCCUUCCACCUGGCGGUGCAGGCCCAGGUCCCCGUUGUCCCCAUCGUCAUCUCGUCCUACCAGCACUUCUACAGCAAACGGGAGCGCAGGUUCACCGCCGGGCGGUGCCUGAUCCAGGUGCUGCCCCCGCUGCCCACCCGGGGCCUGGGUCCGGCCGACGUUCCCGCGCUGACCGAGCGCGUCCGAGCCGCCAUGCUGGACGCCUUCGAGGGGCUCUCGGCCGAGCUGCAGAGUGACCACCAGAGUGACCAGGGCAGUGACCACCGGAGUGACCACAUGGACACCCAGAGUGACCGCCAGAGUGACCACAAGGACACCCAGAGUGACCACAGGAGUGACCACAAAGAGACCCAGGGUGACCACAAGGACACCAAGAGUGACCACAGCAGUGAUCACCAGAGUGACCACAGGAGUGACCACCAGAGUAACCAGGGGAGUGACCACCAGAGUGACCACAUGGACACCCAGAGUGACCCCAAGGACCCCUGGAGUGACCACGGCAGUGACAGCACAAGUGACCGCAAGGACACCAAGGGUGACCACAAGGAGACCCAGGGUGACCACAAGGACACCAAGGGUGACCACAAGGAGACCCAGGGUGACCACAGAAGUGACCACAAGGAGACCCAGGGUGACCACAGAAGUGACCACAAGAAGACCCAGGGUGACCACAAGAAUACCAAGAGUGACCCCCAGAGUGACCACAUGGGCACCAAGAGUGACCACAGCAGUGAUCACCAGAAUGACCACAGGAGUGACCACAAGAAGACCCAGAGUGACCCACACAGCCCCACACCUGGCCAGAGUGACCACAGAAGUGACCACAAGGACACCAAGAGUGGCCACAAGGACCCCCAGAGUGACCCCCAGAGUGACCCCCAGCGUCCGGCAGUGACCACGAGUGACCCCCACGUGGUGACCCCGCAGUGACCCCCGGCCCUGCAGUGACCCCACGGAGGGGUCAGAGAGGGGACAGAGUGACCACAGAGAGGGGACAGAGAGGGGACAGAGUGACCACACAGUGGGGACAGAGUGACCCUCAAGCUGGACACAGAGUGACCACAAAGAGGGGACAAACUGGGCCACGAGUGGGGCAGGGACUGACCCCCAAGCUGGACACAGAGUGACCCCUGGUUGGGGACAGAGUGACCACAAAGGGGGGACAAAGUGACCCUGAAGUGGGGCCUGGACUGACCCCCAAACUGGACACUAAGUGACCCCUGAGUGGGGACAGAGUGACCCUGAAGUGGGGCCUGGACUGACCCCAAAGGAGGCCUGGACUGACCCCCAAGCUGGACACAGAGUGACCACACACUGGGGCCUGGACUGACCCCCAAACUGGACACGGAGUGACCCCAAAGGAGGCCACAAGUGACCCCUAAGUGGGGACAAACUGGGGCCUGGACUGACCCCUAUGUGAGGCCUGGACUGACCCCCAAGCUGGACACUAAGUGACCCCCAAGUGAGGCCUGGAGUGACCCCUGAGUGGGGACAAAGUGACCACCAAGUGAGGCCCAGAGUGACCCCCAAAUUGGACACAGAGUGACCACUAAGUGGGGACAGAGUGACCACAAAGUGGGGCCUGGAGUGACCCCUAAGGAGGCCACAAGUGACCCCCAAGCUGGACACGGCUUGACCCCCAACUGGGGACAGAGUGACCCCUGAUUGAGGCCUGGAGUGACCCCCAAGUGGGGACAGAGUGACCACAAAGUGGGGCCUGGAGUGACCCCCAAGUGAGGCCUGGAGUGACCCCCAAAUUGGACACAGAGUGACCCCUGAGUGGACACAAAGUGACCCCCAAGAGGGGCCCAGAGUGACCACAAAGUGGGGACAAAGUGACCACAAAGUGAGGCCUGGAGUGACCCCUGAGUGGACACAAAGUGACCCCUGAGUGGACACAGAGUGACCCCCAGGUUGGACUUGGUUUGACCCCCAAGUGGAGUCCGGGGGGCGUGGCCAGGGGGGCGUGGCCGGAUCUGAUUGGCUGCCGCAGCCA